AUGAGCUGUUCUAUAUGCUCACGAGCCUCCCAUGCCCGCCUUUCUUUCCACUGUCCAACAUGUGCCCGCAACCAGCUAUAUCAACUACGGAUCAAUAACACUCAAGUUCUUUUGGAGAAAGAAUGUCUCGAAAAGCAAAUUGAAACCGCCAUUAGCUCUGGCCAGCUCCCGCUCGGGACGGAGCUCACACAUUGCUGGCAGAUUCAAACGAUAAGCAAUGACCAUACAGAGUCUUUGGUGAGGAGAGAAUUGCUUGGACACCAGCUUCAGGCUUUGAGAUCAGAUAUUGAUGCCAAAAAAGCCGAGAUUGCCAAGCGAAAAGAAGCCUUGGCACGCAGACGCUCAGAUGCUGUAUCUGCCAGGUAUCAGCUGGUAGAAAGGGAAACCGGAAUCCUGGCGGGCCUCCAGAACACUAGCAAACGCGUGGAGCACGUCUGGCAUUCGCUUCAUAGCAAAACAGCAGAGUCGCGUAUCUAUCUUUGUCGAGAAGUUGCCGACCUCUAUGGCCUACGGAAAAUCAAGAAGAGCCAAAGUCGGGAGACAUAUUUGCUAGGAUGUGGUUUCAUUGUUGACUUGAGGGAUAUGAAUGGCAAGAUUAUAGGUAUUCCACACGAACAGAUAUCUACGUCUCUCGCUAACAUCGCUCAUCUUCUCAUCAUUGUUUCACAUUACCUCUCUCUAAGACUCCCCGCUGAAAUCACACUGCCUCACAAAAACUACCCUGUACCUACGAUCUACACCCCUCUAGCAUCAUAUCGCUCCCGCAACGGCCACAACAGAACCGAUUACCAGUCAUCAAACCUGACAAAAACGGCGGACUUAGCCACCCCGCGCCCGCGCCCUCUUUUCAUUGACAAGCCCCUACCCCGGCUAGCGAAGGAGGACCCCGCAACAUACGCCUUUUUUCUUGAAGGUGCUACCCUUUUGGCAUGGAAUGUUGCAUGGCUAUGUCGAACGCAAGGAAUCAAUCUAUCAUCGGAUUCCUGGGAGGAAGUGUGCGAUAUUGGAAAAGGCUUGUGGCAAUUGCUGGUCGCUCCGCCUCCUUCAACUUUGAGAGCCUUUGCAGGCCGAGACACGCAGAAAAGACCCGUCAAAGACUCACCCAAAACAACGAUCCAGCGGACAACUUCUUUCCCCAUGCUGGGUCACUAUUCCCAUGGCACGGCACAUUCUUUCCUGGGAGCAUCAGAAGGAGUUGAGUUUAUGCGAAUGUGGAAGCUCCCAACUCCAACCAAGAUGGUGGAUAACUUGAAAUCCAAUCUUCUCGGGGAAAUGGCAAGUGCCGAGUGGGAAUUGCUAGAAGAAAAAGAAUGGGAUGAUACAGUCAAUCAUCACUCUGUUCAAUCACAUCAAUCUAUUGUCCCAUCAGCAUCAACACAGACUACCAGAACAAGCUCAACACGAUUUUCUGGAAAGAAUCAAGGCAAUGAGAAGGGGAAAGGUACCAAAGGCUGGACUAAGCUGGGCAGCAGAUAG